AUGUAUCUUUUCUGCAAUUUUAUUGAAAACGUUGAAAAGUCACAGUCAAUCUUGGUGACUAUGCUGAAAGAAAAAAUAAAAGAUCCUGGUUCAAAAAAUAAAUUAGAAGAAAUGUUGAAAACUCCACAUCUAACUGAAAAUUGUAAAAAUGCUGUUAUUUUCUUCCUUCUUCAUUCCGUGUUUAUUUCAACUGCUAAAAAAACAACCAGAGGUGAAAGUGGUAAAAUUAGUUUAAAAAAAUUUUCUAUUCGAGAAUCUCAAAACAGUUUUGUCUUAACUGGAAAAACAAGUGCAGAAUUGGAGGAAAUUUUGUCAAAGAACACCACACAAAUUCAACCAUGUCUAUUAGUAGUUGGAGAAAUUAAUAGUCCUAAACAAAUCAUGGUUUAUUUUGAUAGCAUUAAGUAUGUCAUUAGUACUAUGAUAAAAGCAAUUGAAAUCUGUUUUUCAAUUUUUCAUGUAUUUAACAUUGAGUAUCUAAUAGAAUCUGGAAACUGUUGGUUCUUUAUCCAACAAUAUUAUUUUAAAUUUAAAACUUCAUAUGAUAAACCAUGUAUACAAUGGAAUCAAACAAUUUUACAACUCAAG